CCUACGUCGGUCUUGCGUCAUCCGCCUGCGCCAAGGGCACGCUUGGCCCGCUUCGCCCCAGGGAGUCGUUGCUUUGUUGUCGCCGACAAUGAGCUGCGCCGCGUUGAUGGCGUCUGGCUCCCUGUGGCGGCUGUGCUUCGGUGCCCCACGACCCCUCUCAGCUUAUGGAAGAAGAAUUAGUGUCAGAUUUUGCAGCUCAAGAAUGACUUUAGACAAUAUCAAUCGGGCAGCUGUGGAUCGAAUUAUCCGUGUGGAUCAUGCAGGUGAAUAUGGAGCAAACCGCAUCUAUGCAGGGCAGAUGGCCGUCCUGGGUCGCACAAGUGUCGGGCCAGUCAUUCAGAAAAUGUGGGAUCAAGAAAAGGAACACUUGAAAAAGUUCAGCGAACUGAUGGUUGCAUUCAGGGUCCGGCCGACGGUUCUGAUGCCCUUCUGGAACGUGGUGGGGUUUGCGCUAGGCGCAGGAACUGCCCUGCUUGGGAGGGAAGGAGCGAUGGCCUGCACUGUGGCCGUGGAAGAGUCCAUAGCACAUCACUACAACAACCAGAUCAGGACACUGAUGGACGAGGAUCCUGAAAAAUACAAGGAGCUUCUUCAGGUGAUAAAGAAAUUUAGGGAUGAAGAGCUGGAGCACCAUGACAUAGGCCUUGAACAUGAUGCAGAACUGGCUCCAGCAUAUGCUGUUUUGAAGAAGGCUAUCCAGGCUGGGUGCAGUGCAGCGAUAUAUUUAUCAGAAAGAUUUUAAGGAACUCUCCUUCUCUUUUCCAUGUGUUUCCAGGGGAAUUGUUAUUCAUGGUGUGCCGUCCUCAGCCCAUGGACAGGUGACCCAUGCUGGGCCAAUCACAGGGCUACAUCCCCCCUCAGGUCUGUGAGGGAAGCAGGGUGGCAGUUUAGGGGCUAGCAAAGUUGAAAUCAUCUCCAUCCUCUGAUUGCAUUGAUAUGGAAAUUGUAGGUCACUGAAAGACAGACUAAUCAGAGUAGUUCAUUCUUCCUUAAUUCUCCGUGAUCACAAUGCAACUGUUCCUGUUGCUGCCUGAAUGUGGGAAUCAUCAAUUGCUCUGAUGGGCACAGAUCCCUGCAGCUGUGCAGCUCACUCAGGGAGGGGGUCAGACAACACAGAGCCUGAAAACAUAACCAAGAAACCACUGCAAAAGUCCAGGAUAGCAUCACCCCUUUUACUGCUAUAGGAAAGAAAUAGGCCUAUUUGUUUUGUUUAUAUAGUUAGUUAGUUCAUUGAUAUUAUUUGGGAACCAAUAGGUGCUUUUCUUUGGACUUCCAUGGAAACAGCUAUCUAAAAAGUAAGGAAGCAUAAUUCUUAGAGAAUUUAAGAGAAGAUCCUUAAGACAUGGAACCAUGCAAGGGCUUUUAAUUUAAUUUUAUUUUA